UAAUCUCUCUCUCUCCUUCAAAACCUGUCAUGUGCCAUUUCAAGAUGGUCGUCCCUCUCUGGCCUUCCGUCGGUCUCUGAAUUUCGGCCUCCUUCUUUCUGGAUCUACCAACUUUCUUCAUACAUGUUUCUCAUCGCUGAUUAUUAAUUAAUUCCUUCUUCCAAAAUGACGUCCGUUAAAGUAGCCGUGCGUGUGAGGCCCAUCAACCAGAGAGAGGAAGAACUUGAUAGCAAGUUUAUAAUCUCUAUGGAAGACAAUAAAACCACAAUUACAAAUAACAAGAUUCCUGAAACUGUAUCAGAAGGAGAUUGUGGCCGGGAAUCAAUGAGAGUGAAAGAAUUCACGUUUGAUUUUUCUUUUUGGUCUGCCUCAAAAGCUUCAAAUUUUGCCAGUCAGGACCACGUUUUCCAGUCACUUGGUCUUGAUGUGGUCCGAUCAGCAUAUGAUGGCUACAAUGCCUGCGUAUUCGCUUAUGGUCAGACUGGUUCUGGUAAGAGUUACACCAUGAUGGGAAACCAGGAUGAUCAUGGGCUGAUACCAAGGAUAUGUAAGGAACUAUUUUCUAGGAUGGUUGAUGGUAAUUCCAGUUAUCGAACAGAAGUCAGCUUUUUAGAAAUUUACAACGAAAAAGUUCGAGAUUUGCUGCAGAAAACUCAUGCUGAUGAUAAAGGCCUCCAUACACUUCGAGUUCGAGAACAUCCCAAAGACGGUCCUUACGUUCAAGAGUUAUCAAAGCAUUAUGUCCAUAACUAUGAGGACAUUAAGAGCCUGAUGGAUUAUGGUAAUAUUAACAGGACAACAGCGGCCACCAAUAUGAAUGAUGUUAGCAGUCGAUCCCAUGCUAUAUUUACCAUACUUUUCACUCAGGCCAAGUUUGUUAAAGAUAUGCCAAGUGAAAUCCACAGCAAAAUUCAUUUGGUUGAUUUAGCUGGAAGUGAACGGGCCGAUGCUACGGGAGCAACAGGACAACGACUUAAGGAAGGGGCCAGUAUCAACAAGUCAUUGGUUACGCUGGGUAAUGUAAUAUCAGUUUUAGCCGAGAUGUCUGAAAAGAAGGUAAAAAGCAUUUUCAUUCCAUAUCGGAACUCAGUUUUGACUUGGCUUUUAAAAGACAGUCUCGGUGGCAAUUCAAGAACCAUAAUGGUUGCAACCAUAUCUCCAGCAGACGUUAACUAUGGGGAAACAUUGAGUACCUUACGAUAUGCAAACAGAGCAAAGAACAUCAUCAACCGACCAACAAUUAACGAGGAUCCUAAUGUCCGUCUGAUUAGAGAACUCCGUGCUGAAAUUGCUCGUCUCCGUGCAAUGCUGGGUGGAAAUAUUGAUAACAUCACGACACCAAAAGUGCAGGAGAAACUCCAUGAAAAUGAAGCAAGGGUGAAAGUUCUAACUGAUGAGUGGGCAGGUAAAUGGAAAGAAACAGCUUGUAUACUUCAGGAACAAACAACCCUUGCUCUGAGAAAGGAAGGUCUUGGUGUUGUUCUUGAUUCCGAACUUCCACAUCUUAUUGGUAUUGACGAUGACAUCCUAAGCACUGGUAUCAUGCUUUAUCAUCUUAAGGCUGGAAAGACAACUAUUGGCAGAGGCGAUGCUGAAGUUGAGCAAGAUAUUGUGUUGGCGGGAGUGGAUGUGCAAGCAGAACAUUGUGUAAUUGAAAAUACUGACAGUGUGGUCACUCUCUUCCCAAUCAACAAUGCCCUGUGUACCAUCAACGGUGCUAAUAUCCAAGGUUCAGCCAAACUCACGCAAGGAGCCGUAAUUCUGCUGGGCAAAACCAAUAUGUUCCGAUUCAACCAUCCUGCAGAAGCUGCAAAAAUGCGUGAAGAACUAAAAAGUUGCAAUUUAACGUUUUCCCGUACAUCACUUCUGAGUCAGUCAAUGAAUGACUUGUACCGUUCUACAGAUAGCCUUAAUAUUGUCGGUGUGAGUGGAGACUUUGACUUAGUUCAUCGCCAAGAAAUUGAAAUGCUGGAAGAAAAACGACAAGAGAUUGAGAAUAUGGAGGAGAAACAUCGACAAGCUGAGAUGGAUCGUCUUUGCAAGCAAUCGGAACUUGAAAAGGAACUGGAAGUCAAGAGAUCUCAGCUGAAUUCUCUCCAACUUGAAAUGGAAAAAGCUCAAGAUGAAACAAAAAAAGUUCAGCUACAAGUCAGACAAGAACAAGCGAAAUUAAAACGGAAAAGUCAGGAAAUUGAGAAGCAGUUCAAAGAUUAUUUGGAAGAAAAAGAAAAAUUCCAUUUGGAGAAAGAAAUGGAAAGAAUAAAAAGGCAAAAGGAAACGGAGGAAGAAAUAGCGAAACGAUUGGCUGAAAGAUCAGCCAGUUGCUGCACCGAGGUGGAGAAUGAAUUGAAGAAACUGACAGAAGAAGAAACGGUUCUGAGAAACAAUCUGAUGAAGACAAAGGAAUUGUUGGAGAAAGAAAUCCAUGAUCUGGAGUUGAAGCAGGAAGCGAAACUGAAUUUGGAGCAGCAGAUCGAAGACAUUGAGAAGGAAAAAUUGAAUAAAGAAACAAAACUAGAAGCCAUGACACAACAAUACGAUCAACAGAAGGCAGACUUAGAGUACCAAAAGCAAAAGAUGAGACGAGAAUUGGAAGGUGACAAAAAGAUAAUUGAAGGUUUGACCUACGAGCUUCAAGAGGCUGGCAAAAAAUUCUCUGAAUUUACAGCAGCGCAUGAUGGAUGGAUUGAAACUCAGGGAGAAGAAGUGAAGAAGAAAUGGUACCAGCUUGAAAAUAAAGAGAUCGAAUUGAUUCAAGAAUAUGAAAAUUCUAUGAAAGACUUUGAAAUACAACACAAGAAGGAUUUUGAGGAUAUCAAUUUUGCGAAACAAGAAAUCGAGGAUGCUAAGCAGGAACUUGAAAAACACCAGAAGCUAAAACAGGAAGAAUAUACCAAAGCAAAAAAUGCUGAAGACAGAGAAAAAAUCAAUGUGGAAAUUGAAGAAUUGGAAGCUGCUAUGAAGGAGCUGCUUGUUCACGAGGAGGAACAUAUUAAGGGGGAGAAAAGUUAUUUACAAAGAUAUGAUGAUAAGAAAGACCUGUUCACAAAGUCUUUUAAUGAACAAAAAGAUCAAAUUGAUCAGGAAAAGAACGCAUUGAGGCAAUCGGAGAAGUUUCGCAUUGAAAAACAGGUUUAUGAAAAAUCCCUGAUUUUGGAAGAACGGGAAAGUUCGGUUAAGAUGCAGGAAGAAAUCUUGCAAGAUAUGGAGAAGAAUCUAAAGAUUUCUACUGAAAAAUUGGUCAGUGAAAUUAAUGAACUUUCUGUAAAACAAGAACAGAUGAUGAAACAGUCAGAAGAACAAGAUGGAAACCUUCAAACAUCUAUAAUAGAACUGAAGAAGAGACAAGACCAAGUGGAGAAGCAGGAAAGCCUUGAACUCGAGAGAAUUGCCAAAGAAAAACGAAGGCUUCUUGCCCUUUUGGAACAGUCCAGUCCAACAAAACAAAAAUUAAAGAAUGGUUCACCUUCAUUUUCUAUUGAAUACAAUGGAGAAAUUCACGAAGUGCCUAAGAGAGUUUCUUCCUCCAAGCAGAGACAAAAUUCUAUUGAAGAAAACACUUCAAAUCUGUCCCUCCAAGAAAUCAAGCAACAGUACAAGAUUGCUGAGACCCAACUCGAAGAGAAAAUUCGAAUCUUUGAAGAGGAGCGAGAUGCUGAAUUGGAAAGAAUUGAAUACGAAAAGUACAAGCUUCAGGAACUGGAAAACCAAGAGAGGAUUAAUAGCCUUGUUGAACAGGAGGUACGACGAAGACUUUUUGAAGAAAAAGUUCAGAGAGAAAAACAACGUCGAAUCGAGAAGGAACAAGAGAAGAAAGAGAGAGACGAAGAGAUUUCUCGCUUGAAAGUGAUGCAUAGCCGUGAAAUGAAACAAUUGAAGGCCAAAUAUGAACGAAGUGAAGGCUUGCAUUCUUCAGUUAUUCCAACCAAAUCGAAUCCUUAUGCAACUGUGAUGUCGCCAGAUUCUUAUACCAGCUCUCGGCUGGAACAUCGAAGAAUGAAAUAUCCUUCUUCUCCUGACAUUUUCACUGGUUCCAACCAGAACCAAACCAGUGCCAUUCGGAUAUACAUUCCUACUUAUCUUUAUCGAGGCCAUGGUUCGGACACUCAUUAUGAGUAUGAAGUCAAGAUAUGUGUGAAAGAUGAGACCUGGUCAGUGUUUAGGCGUUACAGCCGCUUUCGACAGCUACAUACUGAUAUGAAGAUCCAGUAUGCUGAGGUGGGAUCGCUGAUAUUUCCUCCUAAGAAAUUGUUUAGUCGCUCAGAAAAAGUUGUUUCUGAAAGACGGUACCAGUUGGAAUUUUAUUUACGGAGCCUUCUGGAAAUUCUUAUGAAGAUUCCAUCAUGUCCCAUUAAUCCGUCCAACAACGAAUUCCUUUCCAAGCAGACUCUCUGUGACUUUGACCCCUUUUAUAAAAAGGGACUUUUCGAAGCUACAAAGCACGGAACUACUUGAAAAUAUGUAUGAUGAUAUCUAUAACUAUAUCUAUAACACAUAUAUAUAUAUGUAUACAUAUGUGUAAAAAAAUGUAUAUAUAUUUAUAUAUAUACGUUUAUAUGUAAAUGUAUAUAUACAUAUAUGUGUAUUAUUAGAGCGGAGCUUCCAUUGACUUUGGUCUUUAGAUUCAAUGGUGUAUCUUUUGAAUUCUUGGGAAAUAAGAUUUUGUAAAUAUGUAUGAUGAUGAUGAUGAUGUAUUGAAGAAGAAAGGAAAAAAAGGUUAUAUUUUAAAUACUAUUUAUUUUGUGCCAAAACUUUAUUUUUCUGACUUUCUGCUGAGGCCUUUCAUACACACACACCUGUGUUACUUCUUAUCCAGACCCCCUUUUUUUUUUUUUUAAUGAUUCAUGCUCUUCCAAAAAGGAAAAAAAAAAGCCGUUUGCUUUCUCUUAAACACUAGCUGAUACGGUCACUGUAACAGAGCCCCCAAAAAAAC